UAACAGUUUGCUCUAGCAUAGAUUACGAGGGCUAUGAAUUCAAGGCUCUAGUUUAUGAGUAUAUGGUGAAUGGAAGCUUAGAAAAUUGGUUGCACUCCAAUACAGAAAAAUCAGAUGAUGCAAGAGUUUUGCUUCUUGAUCAAAUAAUAAAUAUCCUCAUUGAUAUUGUGUCUACUAUCUUCACUAUGAGUAUGGGCAUCCUCUAAUUCACUGUGAUUUGAAGCCAAGCAAUGUCCUUCUUGAUAUCAACAUGGUUGCUCAUUUGAGUGAUUUUGGAUUGGCAAGACUAAUCCCACCUGGUGAAGUCAUUUCUAAUGAACAAAGCAACACGAUUGGUAUAAAGGGAACCAUUGGCUAUGUACCUCCAGAAUAUGGAAUCGGUUCCAAGACAUCAAUACAAGGUGACAUGUAUAGCUUCGGGAUUCUCGUCUUAGAGAUGUUAACUAAAAGAAGACCCAAUGAAGAUAUGUUUGAAGAUGGUCAUCAUCUUCAAACAUAUGUGAAAGUUGUAUUUCCAGGCAAGCUUUUAGAAGUUGUGAGCCCAAGCAUUCUUCCACGACAAUCAGAACAUAUAGUGGGAACUUCAAGAGACUCAUCGAAGAACAUGAUGCAAAUCCAUCCCAGUGUUGAGAAAUGCUUGCGUUCUUUAUUUAAGGUCGGACUCACAUGUUCACUGGAAUCACCUCAUGAAAGAAUGAGUGCAAUUGAUGUCCUCGGGGAGUUAAAUUCUAUCAAAAGUUUCCCCCUUUAUGGUGAGUACAACAUCGCCUGAAUACAAUGUUUUUGGUUCCAGUUGAUCUGGACAUAUAUAUUUCGUCAACUUGAUGUUUAAUAAAACAAUCCAUGUUUUCACAUUUUGUUCCUAUUCAAUGCUUAAUCCAUUCUGCAUAUAUUGGUUACGUUCUCUUAACAUUAACUAGAAUAUGGUAGUUAACCUUUUUUUUUUUUUUUGAAAAAUAAUAGAACCCAGAUUUCUACUGUUCUCAAA